GCAAUUAAAACCCCUAAAAAUGAUUCUAAAACUCCAAGCACCAGAAGUAUCGCGCAGGAUUAUGGUCUUUCGAAAGCCACCCUUAGGCGUGCGAUAAAAAACAAUGGUCCCCUCACUCGUCCAGGCCGUGCUAAAAUUCUAACUGAUCAUGAGGAGGAACAGCUUGUCAGUUACUGCUUGGCCAUGCAGAGACUUGGCUUUGGGUUAACUAAAUCUGGUGUAAACCAAUACGUUAUGGAUAUCGUUCGUAGAAACAGGCGACCUUAUCCUUUUGGUGAGAAUGGGCUAGGGCAAAAGUGGUGGAAGUGCUUCAUGAAUGACCACCCUGAGCUUUCAUUUCGCAUCUUACAAGCCCUGAAUGAAGCACGUUUUGUUAUUGAACCCAGACUUCAAAAGGUCUUAGUGAAAAAGAGCGCACGUCAAGUCCAUCAGGUUUCAUAUGGCAGCUCUCAUAAACAUAUUUCCUUAUGCCCAACUAUUUCAGCUGCUGGAACAUACAUCCUACCACUCUUCAUCUUCAAGAGAAACCAAACAAUUCCAGGCCUUCUACGUGGCGCUCCUGCUGGCUCUGUCAUGGGAUUUACUGAGACGGGGUAUAUGUGGGAGAGCCUAUUUCAAAAAUACAUUGAACAUUUUGUUAGUUCUAUCCCCUCUGCACAUCCCAUUUUAUUAAUUUUAGAUGGCCAUAAGAGCCACGUUAAUUACAUCAGCAUUAACUUUUGUUAUGAGAACAAUAUUCUUCUUUACACACUUCCCCCUCACACUACUCACAUUUUACAACCAGCAGAAUUACCAUUUGCUACCUUAAAAAAAACCUAUAAUAAAGAAUGUAAUAUGUUUCAAUUUAAUAAAAAUGGUCAGCUUGUGACAAAGUAUAUGUUUGCUGAAAUUUUAGGGUCAUCCUAUAUUACAACAUAUACACCUACUGCAAUAUGCAAUGCUUUCAGGGCUAUGGGGAUUUGGCCAUUCAACCCCAACGCUAUUAGUCCAGACCAUUUAGAGCCCUCAUUAACAAUGGAAUGA